GUUCCUCUCUCUCUAUUUUCCCCUUCAUACAAGUAUAAAUAUAGACAUUACAUAUAGAGUACUAGGAGAUAUAUAUAGCUAUAGGAGUAUUAUAUAUGGACAAGUUCAACUUCUUGAAAGAUGGAGCCAUAAAACAGCUUCCUCCUGGAUUUCGAUUUCAGCCUACUGAUGAAGAGAUUGUGUUUCAAUACUUGCUUCGCAAAGUAUUUUCCUGUCCUUUGCCCGCUUUAAUCAUUCCUGAUAUCGAUAUUUCCAGGCACGACCCAUGGGAUUUGCCAGGUAAUAUGGAGCAAGAUAGAUAUUUUUUCAGCAACAAGGAAGCCAAAUACAGGAACGGAAAUCUAACGAAUAGAGCAACUAUGAGUGGUUACUGGAAGCCUACUGGUAUAGACAAGAAAAUUACACGUCCAAAAGGGAAACCAAUAAUUCUUGGGAUGAAAAAGACUCUGGUUUUCUACAGAGGAAAGCCUUGUCAUGCUUCUAGAACUGAUUGGAUCAUGCAUGAAUAUCGUCUUGUUCUUCCCGUUAAUCCAUCCUUUAUUUCCCAGCAGUUCAAGAAAUCCCCUCAGGGUUCCUUGGUGCAGAUUGGCAAUUUGGUUCUUUGUCAUAUAUCUUUGAGGAAGAGAAAGGGAAAAAAUGAAGAAGUCUUAAGAAUGGUUACUGAAGAUUACAGUGCUAAUCAGCAUAUUGAAGUACCAAAGCCGAUAUGGUUUUAUGAUUUUAUGAGUAAAGACUUAAAUGAUGAUAGAACUUCUUUCUCAUGCUUUUCUAAUUCUGUGAGCUCUGAUGCAAGUGCCCUCACUGAAGUUUCUUCUGGUUCAAGUGGACUAAUAGAGCAUGAAGAAGCUAGUAACCAGUUUCUAUGAUGUAAUUUCAUUAAUUAUUUGAUUUAUUAAUGCAUGCAAUAAGUCUUUUCUC